CCUACAGUUAUUGCGUCCGGUCGUCUUGCUACAGUGAGCUUUUUUGUUUUUGCAUUUCUUGUUUCUCACCUAAUUCUCGCUUUCAUCGACCCCAAAACACCAAACACAAUCUCAUGGCUCGCAAAUUCUUCGUCGGCGGCAACUGGAAAUGCAAUGGGACAACUGAGGAGGUUAAGAAGAUUGUUACCACGUUGAAUGAAGCUGAAGUUCCUUCUGAGGAUGCUGUGGAGGUUGUUGUGAGCCCUCCAUUUGUGUUUCUUACACUUGUGAAAAGUCUGCUGCGGUCCGAUUUCCAUGUUGCUGCCCAGAACUGUUGGGUUCGCAAAGGUGGUGCUUUUACUGGAGAAAUUAGUGCCGGGAUGCUUGUUAAUCUGGGCAUUCCAUGGGUUAUUAUUGGUCAUUCUGAGAGAAGGGCUCUUUUGAAUGAGUCCAAUGAGUUUGUUGGAGACAAAGUAAUGUAUGCACUUUCUCAAGGCUUGAAAGUGAUUGCUUGCAUUGGCGAGACUCUUGAACAGCGAGAAUCAGGCUCUACCAUGGCUGUUGUUGCAGCUCAAACCAAAGCAAUCGCUGAUAAAGUAACAAGUUGGGGUAAUGUUGUUUUGGCUUAUGAACCUGUUUGGGCCAUUGGUACAGGGAAGGUUGCAACCCCUGCUCAGGCUCAGGAAGUUCAUUGUGAAUUGAGGAAAUGGCUUCAUGAAAAUGUUGGUGCUGAAAUUGCUACAUCAACCAGAAUUAUAUAUGGAGGUUCUGUAAAUGGAGCAAACUGCAAGGAAUUGGCUGCACAACCAGAUGUGGAUGGCUUUUUGGUUGGUGGGGCAUCUCUAAAGCCUGAGUUCGUUGAUAUCAUCAAGUCUGCUACCGUGAAAAAGAAUUGAAGUUCACAGCCAUGAGUCGGAACAGCCUUCUUUGAAACUUUAACUUGUAGUUUUGGCCUUUCCUUAGAAUCUGAUAUCUGAAUUUUAUCAGUGCAAUAAGCCAAAUUUAACUUUGGUUUUGUGGAUUUGAGGCACAGAUCCUCAUUGUGGACUUUCAAAGGAUUUAUCUUUACAUUUUGGCUCCACCCUGACCGUCAUGGGAUGUGGUAAAUCUGGCAAUUCGAGCAUCCUAUAAUGUAUAAUGUAAAAUACUAUAUUCAUAUUAUAUUUUACACCAAAAUUAUCACAAUUUAUAUCAA